AUGGAGGCUGCUAGGGAAGGGCCGCUUUUCCCUUCGCCGCCGCGCUGCAACCCCCGGUCCCGAGCGGGUCCUUUGGUCCAGCCAAACCCCGACGUGGAGACCCGAGCAGCGGCGCCAGCGGAUGUCACCCACUGCCGGUGUUCCCGGUGCUUCUUGGUCCCUUCCAAGAGAAGGAUGAAGAAGAGGCCCCGAAUCCUGACCCUGCUGUGCCUUCCAGAAGAUGUCCUCUUCCAUGUCCUCAAGGGUCUUCCUGUGGAAGAUAUCCUUUCCCUCCGAGCUGUGCAUUCUCAUCUUAAGUAUCUUAUAGAUAACCAUGCUUGCGUCUGGGCCUGUGCAAGCUUUCAAGAUGAGUGGCCUUCUCCAAGGAACUUGAAGAUGUUUGAAAGGGCUGCAGAAAAGGGUAACUUUGAAGCUGCUGUUAAACUUGGAAUUGCCUACCUCUACAAUGAAGGCCCAUCUGUUUCCGACGAAGGCCGUGCAGAAGUGAACGGGCUCAAGGCAUCACACUUCUUCAGCCUGACCGAGUGCUUGAAUGUCUCCGCAGCCCCUUUUGUCUGGCUCUUCAUCCGCCCACCCUGGUCUCUCGGUGGGAGUUGCUGCAAAGCCGUGGUCUACGAGAGCCUCCGAAGGGGGUGUCAGCAGCGAAAAACUCAGAGAGGAUCGAUUCUAUACUGUUUGGCAAAAGUUCUGAGUCUCUUUGAGGACGAAGAGAAAAGGAGAGAAGCCCUUGAGAUGUUUGAGGAUUCCUCCCAGCAAGGCUGCUUGCACAGCUCUUACCUCUUGUGGGAAAAUAAUCAGAAAGCUGCUAUGUCAGAUCCUGGUAGAUACCUCCAUAGCUUCAGACAACUCAGGGACUAUGCAUCCAAAGGUUCCUGGGAAGCUCAGAUUGCUCUUGCCAAAGCUUGCGGGAUCGGGAACCCACUGGGUCUGGAAAGCAAAAUGUCCAUGGAGACCGUCUUCCAGUUCUUCCAAGCCUCUCUUCCCCUGAGCAAGCAAAGCAUUUUCACUGUGCAGAAGGGCAUGAAUGAGACAAUGAGAUACAUUUUGGUCGACUGGCUGGUAGAAGUAGCCACCAUGAAAGACUUCUCCAGUCUCUGCCUUCAUAUGACGAUUGGCUGUGUGGACCGUUACUUGAAACUAAGGCCCGUGCCCCGGGCUCGGCUGCAGCUUUUAGGAAUUGCGUGCAUGGUUGUUUGUACCCGCUUUGUUAGCAAAGAGAUUCUGACGAUUCGCGAAGCUGUUUGGUUAACAGACAACACAUACAAAUAUGAAGAUCUGGUUAGGAUGAUGGGGGAGAUUAUCUCUGCCCUGGAAGGCAGGAUAAAGAUUCCUACUAUCGUUGACUAUAAAGAAGUGCUACUGAAUGUCGUUUCGCUGGAGAGAAGGACUGCCUCCCUGUACAGUUUUAUCUGUGAACUUUCCCUCCUAAACACGGGCCUUUGCAUCUAUUCCCCUGCCCGUUUGUCUGCAGCAGCUUUGUUGUUAGCGAAAGUGUUGCAUAGGCAAGCUCGUCCUUGGACUAGCCAGUUAACUGAAACCACAGGAUUUUCCUACGAAGAGCUGGUGCCCUGUGUGCUGAGUCUCCACAAGAAGUGCUUCCAUGAAGAUGUUCCCAAAGAUUAUAGGCAGGUGUCCCUUACUGCUGUGAAGCAACGAUUUGAGGAUAAACGCUAUGAAGAAAUUGGAAAGGAAGAGGUGAUGAGCUACAGCCAGCUCUGCUCCCUGCUAGGAGUGAAACGGGAAGAUCCGGAGCCUGGAUCCUUGUACGUGAACGCGGUGGAAACCUUCCUCACUUCCCCAUCGGGAAAACGUUCUAAAAGGAGAAGAGAAGACAGCAUCCAGGAGGACCGGGGCAGCUUUGUCACCACCCCCACAGCUGAAUUGUCCAACCAAGAGGAAAGCCUUCUGGAUAAUUUCCUUGACUGGAGCUUGGAUGCUUGCUCAGGAUAUGAAGGGGAUCAGGAAAGCGAAGGCGAGAAGGAUGGAGAUAUUACAGCUCCCAUUGGAAUUCCGGAUGGAACUCUGGCACAUCUGGACUCUGGGAAGCCUUGCUGUUGCCAAGAAUCCAGCGAUGAAGAGAGUCUUUCCAAAGAAGGGUCUCAGUACAUCUUAAAGCAUUAUGACCAUCUCAACAAGGGGAGCGAGUGCCCCACCAUCCAAGCUUCUCCCUGCGAGGCCAGCUCGGGCUACGCCUCGGUCAACAGCACCAGCCCUCCUCCUACUGAUGGCAACUUCGGCACGUGCCCCAAAGCAAGUUCCGUGCAACCUCUGAGUCUGGUUGGGGAUAAAAUCCCACAUCUGCCUUCACACUCAGAAUCGUGUUUACACUCUGCCAGUGGCCGGUCCGGCAGAAGACAGGCCAAGCGGAAAAACGUGACAGCUUACAUUGAAGAAGGGAAGAGCAACACAGGCUUCUUAAGCCUCUGA